UGCUUCCUCCUGGGGACAGUGCAUCCCCACCCUGUAGUUGGUGGCCCAGUCUGGCGGGACCAGGGGACGCAGACCACGCAGAGCACGACUUCCAAAGGCAACGUCCACCGCCCUGAGGACUGCACGCCGCUCCUGGACGUCCACUCUGCAGGCUCGGGGGCGUGGCGUGCAGAGUCACACGGGCCUUGGGACCAGAUCUACGGCAGGCAGUCGCAUCCUAAUUUUCAGACUUGUCUACAAGGGCUUGCUCAGUGCGAGAGGAAGACCGAGGAAGACCGAAGAGCGCCUCGUGGCCGCAGCGCAACACCGCUUCCCAGAUUGAAAAGAACCGUUGAUACUCAAAUAAAGCUCCCUCGCCUGUCCCACCAGUCCGUCAUGGGUGUUGGGAAGUCUAAACUAGAUAAGUGCCCUCUUUCUUGGCAUAAAAGAGACAGUGUGGAUGCCGAUCAAGACUGCCGUGAGUCAGACUCCAAGAACUCUGAGGAUGCGUCCUUGCGCGCUUUUGUGGAGCAGAACGAUGGAGCCAAGCGGCCAGCUGGAGAGGAGGACGGACCUGAGGCAAUGCCGGACGGGCACCAGGAGCAAGCUGAAGAACAGUUCCUCAAGUUUGUGAUACUGCAUGCAGAAGAUGACACCGACGAGGCCCUCAGAGUUCAGAAUCUACUGCAAAACGACUUUGGUAUCAGGCCUGGGAUAGUUUUCGCCGAGAUGCCGUGCGGAAGACUGCAUUUGCAGAAUCUAGACGACGCCGUAAAUGGGUCGGCCUGGACGAUCUUGUUGCUGACCGAGAACUUCCUAAGAGACACCUGGUGUAACUUCCAGUUCUACACUUCCCUGAUGAAUUCUGUGAAUAGGCAGCACAAGUACAACUCUGUCAUACCCAUGCGGCCGCUGAACAGCCCUCUUCCCAGGGAACGGACUCCCUUGGCACUGCAAACCAUCAAUGCCUUGGAGGAAGAAAGCCAAGGCUUUUCCACCCAAGUAGAGAGAAUUUUCCGGGAAUCUGUAUAUGAGAGGCAACAAAGUAUAUGGAAAGAGACACGAAGUGGGACGCAGAAACAGUUCAUUGCCUGAAGUGGAGCGCACACCCGGCUGGCUCCUGUUUUGUAAACAAAAUGAUUCAUUUUCACUUAAGAGAGUCAUUUCUAAGAAAUGCUUAGACGUGAGUCUGCUUCCAAGAAAUCUGUGGCGCACAAGAAAGGUACAUUUCUGCAGCCCUGGGGUUGCAAAUGAGAAACUCAAGAUUGCCAGAGUUUCUGGCACUUUUCUUAAAGUUUUCAUAGUUCAUGAAUAUUCUUAACCCAUUCCUUGUGUUGAACCAUAAACAGGCAAGUGUGACAGACAUUUUCAAAAUACAAUACUGAAAAUUCUCAGAA